AGCCAUUCAACUCAAAAUGAACACUUGCCCAGAACAAUGGAAAAACGAUGAAGAAAUUAAAAUAUUCCAGGAGUAUUUACGCAUUCCCACGGUGCAUCCGGAUGUGGACUAUACUGCAUGCGUUGAGUUCCUGAAGCGGCAGGCUGGCAACCUGGGCCUACCGGUGGAUGUGGUGCAUCCUGUCAUGCCAUCCAAACCGGUGGUGAUUAUGAAGUGGCUGGGGAUGAGCCCCGAACUGCCGGCGAUUAUUUUGAACUCGCACAUGGACGUGGUUCCCGUAUUCCCCGAGAAGUGGACCCAUGACCCCUUCGGUGCCCACAUGGACGACCAAGGCCGGAUUUAUGCACGUGGCACGCAGGACAUGAAGUCCGUGGGAUGCCAGUAUAUGGCUGCAGUUCGUGCUCUAAAAUCAAGUGGCUAUCAGCCCAAGAGGACUGUCUAUCUGAGUUUUGUGCCCGAUGAGGAAACUGGCGGCGACCUGGGCAUGGCCGAAUUUGUGAAGGGCGAUUACUUCAAAGCCAUGAAUGUGGGUUUCAGCCUGGACGAGGGCAUCGCCAGUGGUGAUGAAUCCUAUCCUGUCUUCUAUGCCGAGCGCACUCUCUGGCACCUCCGAUUUAAGUUCAGUGGCCAUUCAGGGCAUGGAUCGCUGCUGCACAAGAACACGGCUGGCGAGAAGUUCCAGUAUGUGCUGGAUAAGCUGAUGAAGUUCCGGGAAACCCAGGACAAGCUACUGCCCAAAGACCCUUCCUUGGAUGCCGGCGAUGUGACCACUUUGAAUCUCACCAAACUUGAGGGAGGAACGCAGAGCAAUGUGGUUCCUCCUUUGCUAGAAGCCAUUUUCGAUAUUCGCAUCGCCAUCACCCAGGACGCGGAUGCCCUGGAGAAGCAAAUUCGCGACUGGUGCGAUGAGGCUGGAGGCGGGAUAGAACUGGAUUUCAUCUUAAGGUGCCCCUCGGUGGAGACCAAGAUAGACGCCUCCAAUCGCUUCUGGCUGGGUUUUAAGAAGGGCUUGGAUGAACUAGGUUUGAUCACCCAUACGCGAGUCUUCCCCGGUGCCACCGACAGCUACUACCUUCGGCGGGUUGGGGUUCCCGCUCUGGGGUUCUCCCCCAUCAACAACACCCCCAUGCUGCUGCACAAUCAUGAUGAGUACUUGCGGGCCGACACCUAUCUACAUGGAAUUCAGGUGUAUAGGAAGCUUAUCCCGGCAAUUGCUGAUUCAUAAAAUACUCAAUACUCUGAUGAUUCAAGCAUGGAAAUCAAUACGCUUCGAUUGAUCUUAUCUUUAAUGAGUAAUGUUUUCAAGCGAUGAGUGUAGGGCCGAAAUUAAAUUAAUAAAUGUUGUGAUUACUUCCAUUCAUAUCUAAAACAGAACAAAUAAAAGCCAAACACUGAUAGC